AUGGGUAAUGCGCUACUAAAUCAUUUUAUCUUUCGCCCACAUCCACCGAGUUAUGCAAAAAACAAUAAAAAUUUACAUUUUAUAAAAACAAAACAUGAAAGUAUUAUAUGCGGUUUUUAUUUAAACAAUCAUGCAGACAUGACAAUAUUGUUUAGUCAUGGUAAUGCAGAAGAUAUAGGUGAUAUUGUAGAAUAUUAUGAUAGAUAUUCUAAGUAUAUAAAAGUAAAUAUGUUUAUGUAUGACUAUAGUGGGUAUGGUCAUAGUACAGGAUAUCCUAAUGAAGAGCAUAUAUAUAAUGAUGUAGAAGCGGUAUAUGAUUAUAUGAUUACAUCAUUAUCUAUUCCAUCAGAAAAAAUAAUAGCAUAUGGUAGAAGUUUAGGUUCUACAGCCUCUGUACAUAUAGCUACAAAAAAAAAUAUAAAGGGUUUAAUACUUCAAUGCCCAAUAGCGUCAAUACAUCGAGUGAUGUUUCGAUUAAAACACACAUUACCCUAUGAUUUAUUUUGUAAUAUAGAUAAAAUACAUAAUGUUAACUGUCCUAUUUUAUUUAUACAUGGUAUGAAAGAUAGAGUGAUAUCAUAUCAUGGAACAAUGGACAUGCUUAAGAGAGUAAAAGUAAAUACAUAUUAUACGUUUAUUGAAGAAGCUGAUCAUAAUGAUAUAGAAAGAUUUUAUUUUAAGGAAUUGAAUUCAUCUAUAGUUACAUUUAUGUAUAUUUUAAAAACUAACACACGUUAUAUUGAUAAUAUUGUAAAUGACAUUUCAAAAUUAAGUAUUCACAAGUUAAGAAAUAAAUAUAUGUUAAAUAAUAAUGACGGUGUUAAAACGAAAUUAAAAGGUAUUAUGAGUGAAAUUCAAAAAUCCAAUCAUAAAACUAAACCUGAAAAUAAGCGUAAUAAUACAUUUUACCGAGUAAAUCUAAACCCAUCACAAACUUCAAAUAACGAAAAUGAUUAUAAUACAGUUAAAGAAAACCAAGAAAGUAGUAAAGAUGUAACUAAAAUUAGUAACGAGAACGAUCAUUAUUCAUCUGUGACAAGUAUCAGUACUAUAUUCGAACCAGAAGAAUGGAAAACUGAAGGAAUCCCGAAUAAAACAUUUUAUGAAAGUGAUGAUAUGAAUCUUGAAGACAUUUCAGAAUAUUUCUAUAAUAAUGUAUCCCUUCUACAUUUGUAUAAAGCUAAAAAAUGGGAGAAAAUUAUUAAUGAAAAUUAUAAUAAAAAUAGUAAACUGCAAUUUUGUAAAAAUAAAAUCAAUGACACAUCUCAAAAGGACAUAUGUAGAAAAUAUUAUACAGAAAAUUCCAAUAAUAACAAUUCGAAUGAAUGUACUAAAUAUAGGAAUAUAAACCAAAAUACAAAUAACAAUAAUUUUAUAAGGGUAAGUAACACUAGUAUAAAUGGAAGUAACACUAAUAAAAGUGGAAGUAACACUAGCAAAAGUGGAAGUAACACUAGCAAAAGUGGAAGUAACACUAGUAAAAGUGGAAGUAACACUAGUAAAAGUGGAAGUAACACUAGUAGAAGUGAAAGUAAAAUAAGAAAUAAUAAUGGUGAAAAUAAAAUAAUUUAUGGUGCUUCUGGCAACUUAGGCGUAAAUAGCAAUAGUAUUGCAUCGAAAAAGGGGGCAAACAGUGGAAGUUCCAGUUACAUAUAUAACCCAAAGAGAAGUAUAAAUGCAAAGAGCAAUUUAAAAAAUUAUAAUACACAAAGUUCAGAAAAAUUGAUCUCAAAUGGUGUAAGUAAUAGCAUAAGUUCUAUAAAAAGAGAUGAAUUAUCAAGCAGAGAAGGAAUAGCAAAUUUUUAUAAUAUAAAAAGCAAAUCAAAUAUAAGUAGUAACAUGUCUGUAACUAGCGAUAAGAAAAUCAUCGCUAAGGGGAAGCAAAGUAGAAAUAACAGUCACGAAAAGGGUGGAAGUAAUUCCAGCGGUAAUAUUAGUGGAAAUGGUGCGUCGAAUGAUAAUCUUAAAUGUUGUUUGAGUGAUAAUGUGAAUAAUAAUAAAAUUGAAAUAAAUAAAUUGAAGGGAAAAAUUCAAGUAAAUAAUAAUAACGUUAGUAAAUAUUAUGAAACUUCGAAUAAUGAAACAAAUUUUUUUGACAUUUCUCAAGAAAAUAAUACUUUGGAAUCUUCAAAUAAAAAACAGUAA